CAGAGUAAAGUUGAACUUUAUAUAAUAAGCUGCUUUUUAAUUCGACAAAGUGGCAAUUAGAUCAAGCAAAGCGUGUGAGCUCUUCUACGUUUUGGAGCUGCCUGCGCUGAAAUGGGCUCAUUAGAGGACACGUUACUGCGCUAUUAAUAUGCUUAGUUAAAUAGGCAAUGGUUGCAAUAGUUUCGUGGAAAAUUAGCUGACAUGAACAUCUAUGAGGCCUGAUCAAGACAUCACAGCAAUAGGGACGUUGGAUUCUAUUUUUAGAAACCAAUUUUGUUCAUAAAUGUGAUGGGAACAUUUCUGCUUGUGUGCGUCGCACCUGCUCUGGAGUAGCGUACACCGCUGGAGAAUAUGGAAUGCCGUUUAAUUGAUUCCUUUUGCCCAAAGGUUGCAAAGUGAAGAGUGGUUGCCUUAUGCUCUCCUAGAAAGCAACAUGUGAGAGAGAGGUCACUUUUGCACUCUGGAUUACAGAACACGUUUAUCUGCUAAAACGGGUUGCUAUUCUUGUGGAACUUUAUGUACUAUUUUAAUAUUUGAAUUGUAAGAGCCAUUUUGUAAAAUGUCAUGAUGCGGAACAUUUUUUACUAACAGAACUCCGACUAAAUCCUUAAAUAUAUACAAUUUCAUCCUAUUUUUAUCCAUAUCGAGACACCAUCUCUGUGGCUCUUAUGGGAAUGAAACACUCCUCCCGCUGUAUGCUCCUCAGGAGAAAAAUGGCGGAGUCCGAGAGCACUGAGCAGCAGCCACAGCCAAUCCGCAUCAUCCAGUCUCAGCGCGUGCAGCCAACCUCGCUGCCCAAGCCUGUGCCCUCCAUCCACCAUGUCCCACAGCCGCCCCAUACGCCCCACGCUGCCUCCCUGCCCAGCUGCCCUGGCCGGGGAAAGAUGGCCAAGUUCCUCAACCCUGAGGAGAUGACCUCCAGGGACUACUACUUUGACUCCUACGCCCACUUUGGCAUCCAUGAGGAGAUGCUGAAGGACGAAGUGAGGACGCUGACCUACAGAAACUCCAUGUACCACAACAAGCACGCUUUUAAAGACAAGAUCGUCCUUGAUGUGGGCAGUGGGACUGGUAUCCUGUCCAUGUUUGCAGCCAAAGCGGGAGCCAAGCACGUGUAUGGGAUUGAAUGUUCCAGUAUAUCGGAAUACUCUGAGAAAAUCAUCAAGUCUAACCACCUGGACAGUGUUAUCACCAUCUUCAGGGGCAAGGUGGAGGAAGUGGAGCUGCCAGUAGAGAAGGUUGACAUCAUCAUCUCAGAGUGGAUGGGCUACUGUCUCUUCUACGAGUCUAUGCUCAAUACCGUCAUCUUUGCAAGGGACAAGUGGCUGAAACCCGGCGGUCUGAUGUUUCCCGACCGUGCUGCACUGUAUGUGGUGGCCAUCGAGGACAGGCAGUACAAGGACUUCAAAAUCCACUGGUGGGAGAACGUGUAUGGCUUUGACAUGACCUGCAUCCGUAACGUGGCCAUGAAGGAGCCCCUGGUGGACAUAGUUGACCCCAAACAGAUGGUCACCAACUCCUUCCUGAUCAAGGAGGUGGACAUCUAUACAGUGAAGACUGAGGACUUGUCCUUCACCUCAGCCUUCUGCCUUCAGAUCCAGAGGAACGACUACAUCCACGCCCUUGUCACCUACUUUAACAUCGAGUUCACCAAGUGUCACAAGAAGACUGGCUUCUCCACCGCCCCUGAUGCUCCGUACACACACUGGAAACAGACAGUGUUCUACCUGGAGGACUACCUGACUGUGAGGAGAGGGGAAGAGAUCAUUGGCAGCAUCAACAUGAAGCCCAACGACAGGAACAUACGGGACUUGGAUUUUACCUUUGAGUUGGAUUUCAAAGGACAGUUAUGUGAGGCAGCCAUCUCCCACGACUACAAGAUGCGUUAGCUUGGUGUCCAACAGGGAGAGCCGGUGUGCAGUGCUGCCUGCAGCCCCACAGAGGGAGGCAGAGGCACCCCCCUUAACAACAGACACUGAGGAGAGAGAAUGGGGUGGAGGGAGAUGAGAGUGGGAUGGAAAAAUGCAAGAGGUUGGGAUGGAGGGAGGAGAUGGUGGGAGGCAGGAAUCAAAGAGGAGAUAGAGGGAUGAGAGAGAAUAGAUGAAGGAAGAAUGAGAGAGGAUAGAUGGAGAGAAAUGGUGGGAUGGGCCAGAGGAAUCAGGUGACGAUGAGAGAAGAGUACAGGGGUGGCACUCCAAGCAAUAUCAACAUGCACAUCAACACCUCUCACCGGCACUUUUUUCAUUUGCAUUUUUUUAAUUGAACCUUUUUAUUUAGCUAGGCAAGUCUUAACUGUUAGGCCAACUGUUCAGAGGACAACUUUGAAUGUAACACCUUGUCAUAAUAGUCCUAAUGAAUGUAAUUUAUUAUUUAUCUAUAUUGUAUGUUAUCUUGAUUUUGUUAAUUGUUCUUCCAAAAUAAUCAGGCCACAGGAUUAGUUAGCACUUUUUAAAAUGUCUUAAC